AUGUCUGGUCCCGGAGUUGGAUUCCAGUAUCCUCCGCAAGAGGUCUCUUGGCUGAAGCGCGAUGUCUUGCUCUUCGCCAACAGCAUUGGCUGCAAGGCUGACGAGCUACACUUUCUCUACGAGCUUCACCCCGACUUUGCCGUGUUUCCGACCUACCCGCUCGUCUUGACCUUCAAGGGCACCAGCCAGGAAGUCGUCGACUUUUACGCCGCUCAAAGGGCCGUCAAGAUCCCCGGCGUCCCCGAAUUCGACUCGAGCCGCGCCGUCGACGGCCAGCGCAAGAUUGAGUUCCUCAACAAGCUUCCGCCGACGUCGGCCGGCCGCAAGUUCGAGGCCCGCACAAAGGUGCUCGGCGUCUACGACAAGGGCCGCCCCGGCACCGUCCUCGAGACCCAGACGGACCUUGUCGACGCCCGCUCCGGCGACGUCUACGCCCGCAUCACCUCGAGCUCCUUCUUCGUCGGCCAGGGCAACUGGCACGGGCCCAAGGGGCCGCCGACGCAAAACUUCCCGCCGCCCGAGGGCAAGGAGCCGGAUGCCGUGCUCGAGCACCAGACGACGCCCGAGACGGCGCUGCUGUACCGCCUCAACGGAGACUACAACCCGCUCCACGCGACCCCCGAACCCGGCAAGAAGAUGGGCUUCCAGGGCGCCAUCACCCACGGGCUCUUCCAGUGGAACAACGCCUGCCACGCCAUCCUCGGCAGGUUUGGCGGCGGCGACCCGGCCAACAUCAGCGAGUACCAGGCGCGCUUCGCCAGCCCCGUCAUGCCCGGAGACAAGCUGGUGACGCGCGUGUGGAGGACGGGCAACAGGGACGGCGAGUGGGAGGAGGUGAGGUUUGUCACUCAAAUUGAUGGCGGCAAGGUGUGCCUGAGCAACGGCCGCGCCCUGGUCAAGGUUGUUGACGAGGCCAAGACGAAGCUGUAG